UGACCUCAGCACUUCUACCAUCUCGGCUCCGCCCUACGCAGCGUCCUCGUGUGGUGUUCCAACGCACCACUUGUUUGGGCAUCAGAAGCUUUUGCGGCUACUGGAGGUUUUGUUUUGAAGUGAGGACGGACAUACAGGGAGACGCACACAUCUCGCUUCACUGGACGCCGCGCUGCGACUGCCGUUAUGAGCAUUGAAUUCGCCCCGUUGAACGUUCCACUGCGAAGGAGACUACAGACCGCCGCGGUGCUGCAGUGGAUGUUUUCCUUCCUUGCUCUCGCACAAUGCUGUUUAGCAGCCUUUGUCCUCCUGGCUCUCUCUGAAUGGUGGACGCUGGCCGUUUUGUAUGCUGGAUGGUUAUGGCUUGACUGGGACACACCCACCAAUGGAGGGCGGAGGUCACACUGGGUUAGAAGCUGGAGACUUUGGGAAUACUUUAGGGAAUAUUUCCCUAUCACGUUGGUUAAAACUGUGGACUUGGACCUUAAUAAAAACUACAUUUUUGGUUUUCAUCCACAUGGAGUGCUGGUGGCCGGGGCGUUUGGGAACUUUUGCACAGAAGCAACUGGAUUCUCUCAAUUAUUUCCUGGACUGAGGCCUCAUCUGCUGAUGCUUCCAUUUUGGUUCAGGAUUCCUUUUUUUAGAGACUACAUUAUGUGUGGAGGCCUAGUGUCAAGCUCUAAGUCCAGCUUGUCAUGCCUGGUAAGUCGUCCUGAGGGAGGGAAUGUGGCUGUCAUUGCUGUAGGUGGAGCUCCAGAGUCUCUGGAAGCACGACCAGGAGCGUUAACACUGCAGCUUCUCAACAGGAAGGGCUUCAUCAAGCUGGCGCUGAAGCAUGGAGCUCAGCUGGUUCCUGUGUUUUCAUUUGGAGAGAAUGAACUUUUUGAUCAAGUCGAAAACCCUGCUGGUUCACCUCUGAGGACAUUUCAGAACCGUCUUCAGACCAUCAUGGGUGUGGCGCUGCCUCUCUUCCAUGCCAGAGGGAUUUUUCAGUACAGCUUUGGUCUGAUGCCCUACAGGAAACCCAUCCACACAGUUGUUGGGAAGCCGAUCCCGGUGGAACAAACUCCCAGUCCCAGCAGUUAUGACAUUGAUGCGCUUCAUGAAGUCUACCUACAGAGUCUAACAGAGGUUUUUGAACAGCACAAGCACAAUUAUGGCCUGAAGGAGCACCAACAUCUCAAGUUCAUCUAAGUACAAUGUUAUCAUCACAUUGUUUCAAUAACUGUCAACAUGACAGCAACACGCUUGUCCGUAGCAGCUGUCAGUAUGGCUUUCACCAAAAUGCUUUCCUACUGGUAUUUCUGCAUUUUCCACAUGAGGCUAUUGUAUUUGCCACUCAUUAAAUCACAUUGUAUUCCCUGUUUGUGUUCAAUAAAAUAAUGUUGAUA